AGGUACCCAGCAUGGUUUUACUACCAGACCAGAUCCCGAAGGAGUUACCGCCUCGCAUGAAGCUAAAGAUGCCACUGUGACUUGGAUUCUCAAGCAUUUUGGUGUAACUAACUAACUAGCGCCUUUAGCCGUAGCCACUAGGCAAUAUUACAAAUUGCCGUCUAUGCAGCAGCCCUUCAGACUGUAAGGCUUAUUGUACAAACACACGCAAUCCCAAAUCCAGAAGUUGUAUCUCAAUACUAUGAAAUUAUCCAAUCUAUCAAGAGCGUAUAUCCAGGAAAUAAACCAAAUUUUAACAGUUUUACAUUUUCAACCUUUUACUUCAAUGAUUUUUGUGGCGCUUGUCUAUGCGUACUGUACAAUUGUGGGUUCGCCCCAACUUAUUCAUAAUUUAAGAGGAAUAUCUUGAGAGGGAACAGUUCAAUGUC